UCAGGGUCAUGCUGCAGCAGCCUGGCACCUGGCAAGUGACAGGGAACCUGCCAGUGGAUUACUGUGAACUAACAGCAAGACAGGCUGGCUUCGGGGGAGCAGUGCUGGCCUGGGCCAGUGAUAUCAGGGAGAAGGCCUGGACACUCGGCUAACCAGACAGUGUUGGACACAGCACCCACUGAGCAGCAGCUGUUCCCAGCCCCAGAGGACCCUGCAGCAGGCAUAGGUGCUUUGUGACCCUGAUGCACAUCCAGUAGGGGUGGUGGCCACCAGGAGAAAAGGAACCAGCGCCUUGAAUGGGAAGCAGAAAGGCAGAACCCACUGCAAGGAGGAUCUUGGUCUCUGCUGCAAAGUCUUUUGACACCCUCAGCGCUUCCUGUUUUUCUCUUCUCAGGAUUGGAGUCUGGUUACCCUCCUCUGGCAGAGGGGUUGGGCCUUCUAAGCUGGGGAUGAUUCUUGAAGGGAAAAACCCAGGUCCCCUGAAGCCCACGUGCUCUCUACUGUGAUUGGAAGACGAGGAUUCCCCACUGCAGGGGACGAGGGGCUGCCUCGGUGUCUGCCCAUGAACCACAAGGACCCCAACUGCUCCAGACUGGAUUGUUUCAAGCCACCAAAGAGGGCCCCCCCCAGAGCUGGCAGCCAGCAAUCCCAAGGGACUAGAGGGCUGGGAUGGACUGACCUCCCCCUCACCAGGCCAGCGGGAGAGGCAGAACCUCUGUGGCCUAGCUAGUGACGGAGAGACCCAAUGAAGCCCUAAGCAGGGGCCCAAGUGGCUCAGGGACAGGGCGGCCACUCCUGCUGACGUGCUUUCUCCUUACCUUGAAGGAGGGUGUGGGUGAGCGACCCCUGCUGCUGUCCCCUAUGCCCACAUGCCCCUAUGCCCUUUGCACGUAGUGCCAGAAUAGGUAGGCUGUGCCGUGUUUGGUCCCUCAGUGGGCUGGGAAAGGAGUGGCCACGGUGACAGCUGCCUGCCUGCCAGCACCAUGAAGUGCUCCCUGCGGGUGUGGUUCCUCUCUGUGGCCUUCCUGCUGGUGUUCAUCAUGUCUCUGCUCUUCACCUACUCGCACCACAGCAUGGCCACCCUGCCCUACCUGGACUCGGGGGCCCUGGGUGGCACCCACCGGGUGAAGCUGGUGCCCGGCUAUGCUGGCUUGCAGCGCCUCAGCAAGGAAGGGCUUGCCGGCAAGAGCUGUGCCUGCCACCGCUGCAUGGGUGAUGCGGGCUCCUCUGACUGGUUUGACAGCCACUUUGACAGCAACAUCUCCCCUGUCUGGACCCGAGAGAACAUGGACCUUCCCCCGGAUGUCCAGAGGUGGUGGAUGAUGUUGCAGCCCCAGUUCAAAUCACACAACACUAACGAGGUGCUGGAGAAGCUGUUCCAGAUAGUACCGGGUGAGAACCCUUACCGUGUCCGCGACCCCCACCAGUGCCGGCGCUGUGCCGUGGUGGGCAACUCGGGCAACCUGCGGGGCUCUGGCUACGGGCAGGAUGUGGAUGGACACAACUUCAUCAUGAGAAUGAAUCAGGCACCAACUGUGGGCUUUGAGCAGGAUGUUGGCAGCCGAACCACCCAUCAUUUCAUGUACCCUGAGAGUGCCAAGAAUCUGCCUGCCAAUGUCAGCUUUGUGUUGGUGCCCUUCAAGGCCCUGGACUUACUGUGGAUUGCCAGUGCCCUAUCCACGGGGCAGAUCCGAUUCACCUAUGCCCCAGUGAAGUCCUUCCUUCGAGUGGACAAAGAAAAGGUCCAGAUUUAUAACCCAGCUUUCUUCAAGUACAUCCAUGACAGGUGGACUGAACAUCACGGGCGGUACCCCUCCACAGGGAUGCUGGUUCUCUUCUUUGCCCUGCAUGUGUGUGAUGAGGUGAACGUGUAUGGGUUCGGGGCCGACAGCCGGGGCAACUGGCACCACUACUGGGAGAAUAACCGGUACGCGGGCGAGUUCCGGAAGACGGGCGUGCAUGACGCAGACUUCGAGGCACACAUCAUUGACAUGCUGGCCAAGGCCAGCAAGAUCGAAGUCUAUCGAGGCAACUGAGCCCGCCAUUGCCGACCCUCCCAGCCCUAGCUCGGGUGUGUGCUCCGGCCCGGAACUCGGAGCCAGCCCCAGGGCGGUGGCCUGGUGAGCGGGCCCCGCCCCGGGCGUCGCCAGGCAAUCGGGAGCGAUGCCAGAGCGGGGUCUGGACCAAUCAUGCUGCAGCCCAGCGGGCGCCUGCCGACCCCUGCCAAUCAUGAAUUUUGGGGCCUGGCACCAAUCAGCGCUACAGUUGGGUGAAGCUUGUUUCUCCUAGCCAAUCAUGCGACUCAAAGAGAACUUCGGCACUCGGCCCGUCCCCUCCAAUCAAUGGCCUCUGGGGGCAGGCCUACGGCCGCUCAAUCUCUACGCUCCUGUGCUUUCGGUUGGUUUUCUUGUGGUCUAAGCAAAGAGGUAGCCUUGGCCUUGGUGGUACUUCCCCUGGGUUCACAGCCGGGAGUAUCGUAGUUACUGGCCGGCCGGAGGCCUGACUCCGGUGGGGCGGUGUCCCGUGGGGCCUCGGCUGGGCUUGCUGCAGGUGGAGGAGUGGCCGGGGGGUCCUGGGGGUGCUUUUCCCCCCCCCCCCGAGAGCAAAGUGGCGGUUUCCGCGAUCGCUCAGGCCUCCGCAGGGCCCCAGGCGCCGCGUUUCCUUUGUCCUUUGGUCCCAGAGGGUGAGUGCAAACCCACCAAAGAAACGCGGUCGCUGAGGGGCCCCACGGGCCCCUCACCCCGGCCCCCGCUUGGAACCACCUCUGAUCUGACCCCAGCGCUUCGUGUCUCGCCCUUGCUAGGGGUGGCAUUUGCGUAGGGCCCUACCCCGGAACAUAGGUGUAAGGAACAGGGCAGGGGACAAGGAAGCCCUGUCACAUCCAAUGUAAGGUGCUUCUUACUCACGUGUGCCCUCGGCCCCUUCUGUUCACCCACAACCUUUUUAGCGUCUCUCCUUUAGGCCCUGGGCCUCACCAG